AUGUAAUAAGAAAAUUUAAAUCGAAAGCUUUAUAUCUUGCCAAAAGUUGAAAAUUGUGUGAGAUUAGAAUUAGAUUUCAGAAUGAAUAGUCCAAUGCAUAGCAUAUCUAAUAAACAUUAUUAAGGAUGCUAUUCUAAAACAACUAGAUCUGUUAAGUCAGAUGAAUUAAUGAAUACACCAACUAUGACAACUAUCACAAUUUCUUCAGGGAAAAGAAUUAAGUUAUAUGCUCCUAUGUAGGAAAGUAAAAGAGCUUAACGUUUAAAGAAUGUUCCUUAUGAGUUAUAAUACUUCUAAACUAAAUUACCUACAAAGAGUUUUAAAUCUAGUCAUUUGAUGAAUGAAAAUUUAUUGAAUUAGCCUAAUGAGUCAUUCAAUAAUAGAUAGAAGUGGCAACUACGUUCACAUAUUAAUAAUAAAAUGAAUAAGCCUUUUACAUCCUAUUAAUCAAAAAGAAGUGACAAGAAGUUUAUCAAAUAAACUUAAUCAGCAAAUGAUUUAACAUUUAAUAAACAAUAAACUGAAGAGAUUGUUGAAAAUAAAAAAUUAAAGGUAUUAUUAUAUAGAAUUAUGUUAGAGAUAUCAUCAAUAUAAAAGAGCAACAUAAAAUCUAAUAAUUUAAUUUUCGAACACACAUAAUAUAAAAUAAUUAUGUUGUGAUCUUUGA